AUGCCAUCUGAUGAUUUUGAUGAUGAUGAUGAUAAUCUGUCCUUGGAGUUUUUGGAUCACAAUACGAGCCAUACUCCUUUAACACAAGGAGUACACACUACUUACCAUCCCAGCAAUGCAUCAACAAACUCACUCAAUUUCAAUGACCGCCAAACUGCUCCACCACCCAUCUAUCAACAAAAUGCAUCAACAUCUUCCCUCCAUCAUGGCGACUACUACAAUCAGCCCAUUUUCAGUGCUCCGCCACAAGUUCAAGGGGACCCUUUUCAAGAAGACUAUGAAAUGCAUCAGUAUCAGGGGUAUAACAACAACAAUGCCAACACUUACAAUUAUAAUCAUGCUUUCGUUCCUCACGCAUACUCUGACGACGAUCAAGAAGAACGAGAAUUUGACCAGAGGAUACAGUACAACCAAUUUGAAGGUGAUCACUACGAUUUGGCUACUGCUAGCUAUGUUGAUGAUGAUACACAACCGGAUUUUGUCCCAGUGCAAAACUUGGUUGAUGAAGAAGAUGAAGAAGAGGUUCCAGACAGUCCGUUUGGUGACAAUGAGAAUCGUGAUUUUCAACAACCUCCAGAUCAAGAAGAAGUGAGGGCCAAGAAACCCAUCAGAGCAUCUGGUAUCAACGGUCAUUUGGUGCUUGACUGCCCAGUAGCUGGCGAAUUGCUCUCCAAGUUUCCGGAUUAUAACAAGGAAGAGAAAGAUGGAGGAUUAUCGAGAGAAUUUGCAUUUAUGAGGUAUACCGCAGUUACUUGUGGUCCUUCUAAUUUCUAUCGCGAUGCUUACAUCUUACGUCCUGUGCACUACCCUAUUCCAAGACAAACGGAAAUGAUGAUUGUAAUCACAAUGUAUAACGAGGACGAUAUCCUCUUGGGAAGAACUUUGAAAGGUGUCUUCAAAAAUAUUAAAUAUCUUGAAUCAAAAUCAAGAUCAUCUACAUGGGGUAAAGACUCUUGGAAAAAAAUCGUUGUUUGUAUUGUUAGUGAUGGAAGAACAAAGAUUAAUGAACGAGCUCAAGCGUUGUUGGCGGGAUUGGGGGUUUACCAGGAAGGGUUGGCCAAGAGUAGAGUUGAUGAUAGGAAAGUGCAAGCUCAUAUGUAUGAAUAUACCACCAGGGUCGGUAUAAGCUCCGUUUCGGAUGACGUUGUCAAGCUCACCACAGAAAAGAUUGUCCCUGUUCAAAUGUUAUUUUGCUUAAAAGAAACAAAUGCUAAAAAAAUCAAUUCCCAUCGUUGGUGUUUCCAAGCAAUUGGACAAGUCUUGGACCCCAAAAUUGUAGUGUUGUUGGAUUGCGGUACUCAGCCAACGGGUAAGUCUCUUUACAAGUUAUGGAAGGAGUUUGAUAAUGACCAUCGAGUUGCAGGCGCGUGUGGAGAAAUCAUUGCCUCGUUGAAGAAAAGACAAAUGAUUACAAACCCGUUGGUUUAUGGACAGAAUUUUGAGUACAAGAUUUCAAAUAUUUUGGAUAAACCUACUGAGUCUUCAUUUGGAUUUAUUUCAGUGUUGCCGGGUGCCUUUUCUGCAUAUAGAAAUAUUGCAUUACAAAACGAUAUCAAUGGCAGAGGUCCCUUGGAAAAAUAUUUUAAAGGAGAGUUCUUACAUUCCUCAGGUCAAUUGGAUCCUCAAGAUGAUGAAUAUGAAAUGAAGCGAGCAUUACUUAAAGAGGAAGCGGGGAUCUUUACCUCAAACAUGUACCUUGCCGAAGAUAGAAUCUUGUGUUUUGAAUUGGUGGCAAAACAAGGGUGUAAUUGGGUAUUGCGGUAUUGUAAAUCAGCUAGAGCUGAAACUGACGUUCCUGAAGGCUUGGCUGAGUUCAUCUUGCAAAGAAGAAGAUGGCUUAAUGGAUCAUUCUUUGCCGCUAUCUACUCGUUAGUCCAUUUUUUCAAAGUUUGGCAAAGCUCCCAUUCUUUUAGUCGGAAAAUCAUGUUGCACGUUGAAUUUUUCUAUCAAUUGAUCAAUUUAAUUGUGUCAUGGUUCUCCAUAGGGUCCUAUUUCCUAGUGUUUCGAAUCUUGACUACAUCAUUAUCAGAUACGGAUUUGCAUUUUGCUCCGGGAAAUGUUUUGUCGGUGAUUUUCCUUUGGUUGUACUUGGCAUCCAUCGUUACUACAUUUGUCCUCAGUUUUGGUAACAAACCAAAGGGAACAGAACGAUUCUACAUUGUUAUUGUCAUUUUCUUUGCUAUAUUGAUGGCGUAUAUGAUCUUUGCCGCCAUUUUCCUUGCUGUUCAUGCGAUCCAACAAAUAUACAGAGAGCAGUCCUUUUCCGUGCAGUUAUUUUUCCAAAAUGCUCAAUUCAGGGACUUGAUAGUGGCCACUGCUUCCACUUAUGCUUUGUACUUCCUCGCAUCAUUCUUGUACUUUGAACCAUGGCACAUGUUUACAUCAUUCGUUCAGUACUUGCUUCUAUCCCCGUCCUAUAUCAAUGUCCUCAACAUUUAUGCAUUUUGUAACAUCGAUGAUGUGUCAUGGGGUACAAAGGGGGAUGUUGGUGGUAAAUCGCUUGGUGAGGCGAAGUUACGUGAAGAUGGUACUUUCGACGUUAGUGUGCCCAUCCUCAAGGAGGAAAUCAAUCAAUCGUAUUUAAACCAGUUGGAGAAAAUUAGAGAUCCAGCACCACCACCGGAAAAACAAGUUGAAGUCAAUACCGAAGAUUAUUAUGCAUUCAUUAGAUCCAUGACGGUUUUGAUUUGGAUGAUUUCGAAUUUCGUUAUCGUUGCCGUGGUGUUGGAGACUGGCGGGUUCAAUCAAUUGGAUGGCAGUGAAAAGACAAACACGUCGGAAUCAGUAAAGACUACAAGACUGGAGAUUUUCUUGACGGUGAUUUUGUGGACGGUUGCUUUUAUGGCGUUGUUUAGGUUUAUCGGCUGUAUUUAUUACUUGAUCAGCCGAUUGGGCAGACGAAUGAGACGCAGUGAACAUGCAACUAAAUAG